UAGUCGCUUGCUCCCGCCGCCCCCGCUUGCGUCGCGUUUUGUCGUCGGCUCUUCGAGAUUGGCAUUUGUGCGUGAAAUUGUAUUAUUUUUUUGUGAGAACAAGUGAUUUUAGUGGCAAAAACUUAACCGAGUAUCGUUUGAUAUGGAUGUGCAAUUCAAAAGUUAGUGUUUAGUUAUGUGGCGAUUGAAAGGUCUGUGUGACGCAAAAUUUGGAUCUGACAUAGACAGGGUGGUAUCCUGAGGAUAUUGUUUCAUUGUAUAGUGCAAUAAUGGACAGGCUUCCCGCUAAACUCGUUGGAAUUUAAAACAUUUGGUCCAAACCGGGAUGGAUGAGGGUUUGCUAAACGACCUUCUAGAAUGUUCCGUCUGCUUGGAGCGGCUCGACACCUCUUCGCGGGUGUUGCCGUGCCAACACACCUUCUGUCUCAAAUGUUUAAAGGUGAUAGUUGAGUCGCACAAGGAGCUGCGAUGUCCGGAGUGCAGGAUCCUGGUGGAGGUGAAGCUGGAGGAGCUGCCUCCCAACGUGCUGCUAAUGAGGAUCCUCGAGGGCAUGAACAACUCUGCGCCCAGGAAGACCGCCGCUGGCCAGCGCUCGCAGAGGCCGCAUCUCAUGACGCCAACCGCGCAGGCGCGUGCUGACGGCAAGCAGUUACCGCCAUACGGCCGCGCGUUAUACGACUACAACUCCAAGGAACCAGGGGACUUGUCUUUUAAGAAAGGAGAGACGGUGUUGUUGCAAAAGAAAUUGGAUCCGUUCUGGUACCAGGGGGAGUGUUCCGGCAGGACUGGAAUGUUCCCUAUCACCUAUGUCCAGGUUGUGGUGCCGCUUCCAUCUCCUACCGCGUUAUGCAAAGCGCUGUACGACUUCCGAAUGUCCGCGCCUGAUGAAGAAGGAUGUCUGGCGUUUGAUAAAGGCGCAAUAAUAACGGUCCACCGGCGCGUGGACGAGAACUGGGCCGAGGGCCGGCUGGAGCAGCGAGUGGGGAUAUUCCCCAUCGCCUUCGUGGAGCUCAACCAGCCCGCCCGUCUCCUCAUCAACAGCGCGCUGAGCCGGCCGGCGCCGCCGGUGCCGGAGCCCCGCGCGCUCGACCACAGGCAUCACGCGCAGCAUUCGCAUCGCUACCAGCAAAUGUCUAUGUCGACCCCAACAACCGUACAAGGGAGCUACCAAUCGGCAACCAUGAGCCAAUCUCAUCCGAAUUACCACCAGCCCCAAGUGGUCCCACAACCCACGGCCAUAUCCCACGGCGGGCUAGUCACCACCACCGCGGUCCCACGAAACAUCGUGGAACCCACCAAACACUCUUUAGACCUAAUCCAUUUCAGCAACAUGUCCCAACAUAUCAAAAACCAAACAAAUAUGGGCUUACAAAGCGUUUCAAGAAUCCCAGAAAACCACGAAAGGUUAAGAUCAGCAAAAUACGACUCUCUUAUACAAGUGGAUACGACAUAUCAAAACGUGCGCGCGGAACAUUUCCCGAUAUCCGUUCUGAACAACGUAUCCUCGGACUCCAGCUCCAGCAUGAACACGGCCUCUGCCGGCGUCAGCUGCGCCACCACGCCCAGCUCCAGCUGCGACACCAGCACGUGCGGCAGCAACGACCCCAGUCUCCCGAGUUCUCCAGACAAUAACACUGAGAGGAACCAAACGGUCGUCGCCACUCAGAACAAGGAGGAAGAAACCAACGAACAGGAAUCUUCACUGAACACUUCAAUGGGAGUGUUGAGUUUGAAUGAGAGUUCGACAGCGACCAACACUUCUUUGAAUGUCAGUCUGCCGCCGGCGGAGAGUCCGAAGUUGAAUGCAUCGGUCGCGAGCGUUUCCUCACAAACGCAAACUGAAGGACAGGAGGCUGCAAGCAAUAAUGGGCCUUCUUCGUCUAAGAACUUGCGAAGUAGUGGUCCAGAUUCGUUGAUGACGUUUGGCCUCGGACUGCAAGCGGCGCUGUCGCCAUCUCACGGCAAAGACGGGAACUAUAUGGCGUCGAGAGGGCAUAGAGAACACCAUAGAGAAAAGAGGCAUAGUCUAACACCGGCCACGCAUUUGCAAGGAGACCGAAGUUCACAAAACAGACACUCAGCGGAGAUCGUGGCCACAUCGCUAUUAGAUCAGACUCCAGAAAGACGUCGCCGGCGCUCGAGAAGCAACGAGCGACCGUUACCGGCUGCUUACAUAGCUUUAUAUCCCUACAAGCCUCAGAAACCGGACGAAUUGGAGCUCAAGAAAGGAUUGAUAUACACUGUGACGGAGCGCUGCCGCGACGGCUGGUACAAGGGCUGCGGCGCGCGCUCGCAGCGCUGCGGCGUCUUCCCCGGGAACUACGUCCGCCACUGCAAGACGGCGGUGACGACAUCGUCAGUGAAGCCUUCAGCGCCGGCGACGCCGCCCGCCGCGGCCGCCGGCGCCCUGCCGGCGCCCGACGCCCCUCCCAGGGCGUUGAUAUCCGCCGAACAAGGUCAACCAUUACCUUUCUCGUGGAAUUCUCUCACGCCGAUGAAUCAACUGCAACAGACCACACCCAGAUCUGAAAAGUCGAAAGAGAAAUCGAAAGCGGAGAAGUCGUCGAUCUCGACCGGUGUCAGCCUGAUGAAGAAGCUGGCCGCGAUGAAGAAGUGCAAGUCCCCGCCGCCCGCCGCCUACAGCGUCGACAACCCCGUGUUCGAGGACGCGCCCGGGCCCUCGCAUCCGGUACAUGUCAGGUCUGGCUCGUGCCCGUCGCAGCUGCUGCGCGCGCUGCCGCAGACCGAACGCAUCCGACACAAGCAGCGCCCGGCGCUGGUCUUACACGACCACGGACAGACACGUAGCGCACCGGAAGGGCCGUGGCAGUCGCAACACCGCAAGUCGCAGUCACUGGACGUCUCGUCCGCGAAACGGGACAGACAUCACUCACAGCCUGUCAAAGAAAGAUUCCGCUGCAUAGUCGCGUACCCCCCAAACUCAGAGUACGAACUCGAGCUUAAAGUGGACGACAUCGUGAUAGUGUCCAAGAAGCGCGGCGACGGCUGGUACAAAGGUACUUUACAGCGCACCGGCCGCACAGGGCUGUUCCCCGCGUCGUUCGUGCAGAGCUGUCCGCAAGAAUGACAGCGAAUCACCCACGACCGCCGCGCCACGAGGCUCUAGCAUACGGCCAUGCGGGGAUAUAACCUCACUUAUCAUAAAUCGAUGUAAUUUCGUCUAAACGUUAACGCGCUUCUUCUAAUGGCAACAUUGACGCGCGACGUGUUAUGGUUUCUCACUCGUUUUCAUUGACCUGAGUGAACUAAUCGUGUUUCUCACUCGUGUUAGAGGAAAAGUUGAUUGUCACGAAUUGAACGUGAAUUGAUUGUGAAGUUAUUGGACACGUAGAGUUAAUAAUAAAUAAUUAAAAACAAUUUCAUAAAAUUACUGCGUUGUUACACAACGUCAUUUCUAAUAGUCAGCUAUUAGACCAAACAGAGAUAGCAAGAUCGAUAUAUCGCUCUUUCUCAUACAUACAGACUUUAGUUGUUAAUAUUGAGGAAACUGAGACAGUCUGAGGUGGACUGUUUCUCACUCAGUACAAGUGAGAAGCAUUAUUCACUUGAGUCAAUGGGAAUGAUUGAGACAUAAUAUAUUGCGCUUUAAAUUUGCCUAGUGGAUACGUGGUUCGUCGAUUGUGAUAUUCAAUAAGUGGAAGUUAUAACCCCGUCUAAUCGAGCCUACGUCCGCCAUUGCUCCGCUGGGGGGCGCUAGUGAAAAUGGACGCCAAUUUAGAGACAGUGACAGUGACAUAACAUGAUGAUAACAUACAGAGCUUGGUCUCCAAAUAAACCAGCAUUAUCAACAGUUUGUUUAUAAAUAUUAGGAAAUAAAUGAGGACCAUGUCCUCUUGGCUGGCAACACUGUGUUCAUCAUCCACUUUUGACCAUUCGAUUUGGUGUUACAAUGUUAAAAAAAUGUACUUGAAAAAUCUGUUUUCUACUUCUUAUAGACAGAGUGUAUAUUAGGCGUUUGGAGUACCCACCAUUCGAGCAAUUAGAUCUAAUAUUUCUCCUAUAUAUAAUGAAAGUUUUUGAUGCAAGGUAUUGCUAUCUCGUUUGUCGGUAGCCUGACCUCUCUUUCUCAUGCAUUGCAAGAUAUAUACAUGCGUAUAACGUGUACUAACCGUAUAGUUAUACCAUUCAGCGCGCAAGGAACUGUGACCUAUGAAAGGGAUAGGAAUAUAUGUAGUUUGGAUCAAAAAAAUCUUGGGAGUACUGACUAGUCUUACGUGGUUCUAUGGUCGUGACUUCUGUGUCGUUUGUCUCACGAAACUAUCUGUGACGUCAUAUGUACCACCGAGUGAAGUGAACAAUAGCUUAAUAGUAAUUCUAUUGUUAUUGGAAUAAAGUCGUUUUUACUGUACCAUUUUUCGACACAUAAUAUACUUAAAUAUUAGUAGUAACACGGACAGUAUAUGAAAAGAAUAACAUCGUAAUUUUCUUAAUGGGGAAUAUUGUUGCAAAGUUAUAGCGCUAGAGUGCAGCACUUAACACCUUGACAUUAACAAGUCUUCCAAAUCAUGGCAUAUGACUUGUGACCAAUUACCAUGGUGCACAAGUAUAUUAAUAUCGCAAGCGUUGAUGUAGCCAUUGCACCAUACUUUGUGAAAUAUUCCCUAUUGAGUCCGUUUUCUCAAAUCUGAACUGAUGAAAUCUAUAAACAAAAUUUAAAAGAAAAUUAAAGUCCCAUUUCGAUUCAAAUGAUAAUUUAUUUCAUUUCAAACCUAUAAAGGUUUGAGAAAGAUACACACAAUGUUUUGGCCACAAAAGUACUGAUAUUGACACGGAACACGGAUAUAAAAACGGAUGUUUUUUCGGAGGAGUGUUGGCAACACUGACCUAAUUAUGUAAAUGUGUAAAGUUUAAUUGUAUAUUGAUUGAUGUGUUAAGAAUAGUGUUUGUAAGGACAAAGCAGGGAGCUUGAUUCUUGUAUAGCACACCCGGUAGGUACAUUCGUAGUCUAGUAUGUGUUUUACAUAUUUCAACUCUUGUUACUUAGUGUUAAGUAUCAAUUUUGAAUGUCACAAAUUAUUGAAACAAUACCAAUUUUGUACGUAUUUUACAAUGUAUUUCGAAUGUCCUAUAUAUAUUUUAAACGUUUCUUAUUUAACACAAGGCAGAUAUAAAUUCUUCCAAAUCGCGGGUGUCCUUUUCAAGUCUGAUUUCUUAAUAUGUUUCAUUCGCGUAAUCAAAAAUAUAAUUGUUUUUAUUUUUACACUUCCGUAUGUUGUGUUGGUUAAUGAAAAAACGAUUCUUUUUUCCAACUUUCGACUUUCGACGGUGCUCCUUGUUUCAGAAUGUUUGAUAUUUCAAUUCAAGGUUUUGUGAAUUUUGUCAAAUUUAUUACUUUUAAGGGACUAUUUAUUAAUUUUAUUUUACCUGUGUACUUCUACACAAUAUUGAUUUAAGCGAGUUUCGUUGUUUCUAUUUCGUUAGUGAUUCUCAACUAAUAGUUGAGAAAAAUACGCUUAUUAUUAAUAAAGAAUUAUGUUUUACUUUUAAGACACUGCCAUAUUAAUAUUUGGUUAGAUCAAUUUCAAAAGAACAUUUCUUUAGUACCAAGUAUAUUUUUUAGAUUUCUUACAACGUGGCAUAGGGAAAUAUUUAGAUUAACUCUUAUGGUCAGUUAUUUUGUAAUAUACACGAUAAUAAUUUAUGAAACAAGUAAAUUUCGAACUUUUCAAUUUUGAAUUACAAUAGCGAAAUUUUUAACAUCUAAAGAAAUUUAAGACUGUAUAAAAUAGUUCUGUUUAGGAUUAAUUUGAUAAGUGACAUAAAGUUACACUCGUUUUAGUGAAAUGUAUAACCGUUGUUAGGUAGUUAGUGUUAAGUACGUUUAAGUUAUGUGUGACGUCGUGAUUUGUUGUGAUAAGUUUUGGGUACAUCUUGACCUGACCAUCUUAAUACAUGGCAAACGAGAUUUAUAUAUUUUAAGCACAUGAGGGUUAGGAAACAGGGGCUCAUUUAAAAAUAUCGUCAGAUGUACGCAAAAUAUAGUUUUACAUACCUACUAAUUAUACUUUUUCAACGACACUUUGACCUCUAUGUAUAACAUAUUAUUAGAUGUACAUAAUUCUACUUAUAAUUGUAUUUAAAAUGCAUGGUUAUGUUGUGUACAAUGUUCCAAUGUCAAAAACGACUGAUUUUUUUAGUAUUUAUUUCGUGAAGUCGUUGAGUGUUGUCAUGGUAUAAUAUCGAUACAUGGUUUUAAAAUGAGUUACACUAAUUGACACCAUUACUAGUUGCAAUGACUUUUUUAAAAUGAAAACAUCCCCUUUUCUAUAUUUUAUGAAUGAAAUAGACUAUUAUAUUUUAAUAUUCUUGAUGAUGGAUAUGAUCCAGAUCCCGAAAUUCUGUAUGUAAUUUUAUAUAUUAACUUACAACUAUUAAAGUGUCAAUUCAUAAAUCGAUUUCAUUAAAGAAUUUCAAAACAACUAUCGAUAACACAACUAUCGACAAUCACUGCAACACUAAAGUGAUUUUCUUUUAGAAUAAAAAACAACGAAUUUUCCUGUGAAAAAUGACUUAUGUUUAACCAAUGUAAAUUAUUAAUUAAACCAAUUUGAUGUAUCCAUUGAGUAGAAGAAAUUAUAUAUGGGGCCAUAACACAUGUAAAAAGAAGUAUAAUCUUUUAUAAGAGAGGUAGCUUGUCUGAAUUGAAAUUACGCGCGCAUUUACAUUGUUGUGUGGGUAAAAUGAGAAUGAUUCCGCCGGCGCUAGUGUAGCUUGAGUUCUAUGUCCAAGGCAAAUUUGAACGUAUGUGUUGUGCGCGGUAAUUUUCAAUGUCAGCCAUAUUGAUUAGUACAAGCGUUCAACAAUGGCGUAAAUGAUGAGCGAAAAAGAACUGCCCAAGGCUCGCGUUUCAACCUAGAUAAGCUACCCACAUUAUUUUCAAAUUUCCUAUGACUUUUACUAAGGAAUCUAGUAAAAUUUAUUACUUAUUCUUCAAAAUGUUGUAGACAAUUUGGUAGAUAAAUGUUUAAACGAGGAUUUUGGGCCGGUCCUGUAUUCGCCAAAAUGUUGAUAUGACUAGUUAACCAGUUUUUCAUUGCGUGUAUUGUAAUUAAGGGAAUCAUAUCGAACGGUUGAAUUAGGUAAUUUUGGAAAGAAAAUAAAGAUUUCUUCGUA